AUGAGAACACUACAAGAUAUAUACAACAGAUGUAAUGCUGCCAUUGUUGAGCCUACAACUUACACUAAGGCUAAUGAGAAUGAUGAAUGGAAGAAAGCAAAGAACACAGAGACGGAAAUGAUCAAGAAGAAUGGUACUUGGUUACUAGUUGACAGGCCUGCUAAUCAGAAGGUUAUUGGUGUCAAGUGGGUUUAUAGAACCAAACUCAGUGCAAAUGGAUUAAUAUAUAUGUUGAACAACCUGAAGGCUUUGUGUAAAUGGGAAAGGAAGACAAAGUUUGCAAGCUUGUUAAAGCUCUUUUACAAGUUGAAACAAGCUCCAAGGGCCUCGUCUGAGAGAAUUGACAAUUAUCAAGUGAGAAAAGGUUUCAUACGCAAUAUAAAUGAACCCAUUUUGUAUGUGAAGAACAUUAAUGGCUUUGUAACUCUUAUAGUCUCGCUCUAUGUCAAUGACCUUCUUUUGACAGGGCCAGACAGUUAUGUUUUAAAUGAUUUCAAGACGCAAAUGAAACUUGAAUUCAAUAUGACAGAUUUGGGGGAGACGAGUUAUUUUCUUAAUACGGAAUUUAUACCAUCUCCUAAGUUUAUUUACAUUCAUCAAAGUAAGGAGCUUUUGAAAAGGUUUAAUAUGGAAGCUUGUAAAAUGGUUGAUACACCAUUAGUCUCAAAUGCAAAGUUCUAUUGCAAUGAUGAAGCUCCUACUGCUAUAAGCACAACUUACAAAUGCUUAAUUAGGAGUUUGCUAUAUUUAACAGCUUCUAAGCUUGAUAUUAUGUAUUUUGCAAGUGUGUUAUCGAGACAUAUGCAAGCACCAUUUGAGAUUCACUUCUUCGCUGUCAAAAGGGUGCUUAGGUACAUCAAAGGAACCACUGGUUAUGGUCUUAAAUUUAGUAAGAAUGAAAGUAAAGAAUUGGUUGGCUGCUGUGAUAGCGAUUGGGCAAAAUGCCUUGAUGAUUCAAAGAACACAAGCGGGUUUUGUUUCUCAUUUGGAAGUGUAGCUUUCUCAUGGAACUUCAAGAAACAGGGUAUGUUAGCCUAA